UUAGAAUCUUCUAUGCUGACAGAUGCCUAUUGGUGGUUAGUUUUUUCGCCAGGAGGUUGCAUUGGAAGGUACAAGUAUACAUGAUAUUGGUAAAACCCGCAAACACCAUAUUUUUUUGAAAAUGAUAGCAUAUAUACUAUGUGGGCAGUAUUUUCUUUACAAAAAUGAGCCUCUUUGUGCUUUACAAGGCCUCCAAAGUUUCAAAAUGGAUUCAGCACCCUCUACAAGAAACUCUUAACGUCAAAAUAAUAAGUUGUCUGAUCUUAUCUGCAACAAGAAUGACAAGCACUGUGUUCAGUUUGGAGCCUGUCCCUAAGCUCGUCUAGACUUAUCCUUAUCUUCAUUGCCUUCUAUUUGCUUGUUAUCUUUGUUCUUGCUAGAACCUGCAUUUGAGAAGCUUGUGUUGUUGUCCCAAGUUAAUGUUUAAGUUUUCUUUCCUUACUGCAGUGCAUCAAAAUUCAACUUGUGGUGCUGCUGAAAAUGUUGAAACUGCUGCAAAACCUAAUGGCAUAAUGCAUGAACCUGUACAUGCUGAUAGACCUAAUGCAUUCAGUAACAACAGCUCAUCUGUUCUCUCUUGCAUACAAACAGCAGUUGAUAUUCCUUCUCAAAGUAGAAAAAUUGAUGUUCCUCCUAAUAUGUUUUUGGGCUAGCCCUCUAACAUGGGGUUGAGACAAACAAUAGAUAGGAGGAUUAUUAAGAAAGAACCUAUGUAUGGUGGGAAUUCUCCGUUUGCCUUUGGUCCUUACGACAGUUACUUGGAGUCACGUUCUGCAAUGGGUGAUGCAUCUGUUUCGUCAUUUAGUAGUGUGGAGUCUAACACACAACCUCUUAAUGAACCUCUUCUGGAUGCUGACACUACUUCAUUUGGAUUUCUUGGGGAGAUGCCUCAAAAUUUUGGUUUCUCAGACUUGACUACUGAUUUCACUAAUAGUUCUGAUAUAUUAGAAAGCUACUCCAGGACUCCCGUUUUAGCAACAGAUACUGGUAGCUUUCUUGAUUCCAAUAGUAGGUGGAUAUUACUAAGAUAA